CUGUGAAUGGCAAUCGCAACACGUGCGGUUGAACACAUUUGUGAAAUUUUAGCGCUUUUAGAAGUUUGCGAAAUUUGUUUUGUGGCUUUUCAAGCUUCUGCGCUAUAAAUACCUCAUAAACUUGAAUUAAUUUCUGAAUGUCUACGAUGAACGACGACCAGCACAAGUACAGCGACGCCGAGGAAGAUGAAGAAGACCUACAGAACUCUGAAUGGGUUAAGGACUUCAAGAACCUUACAGUGAAACACGAAAUCUUCAAGGACAUAAAGCUGACGCCCAAGGAGGCCAACGAUGACCUGGCCCAAGUUAUAGAACCCAAUAACGAAGAGGAGGAGGAGGACGUCGAUGAGGCCGAGGACUACGAUGAAGAAGACUAUGACGAUGUGGGUGAUGACUACGAUACCUACGAGGAGGCCUACACGGGUUUCAACAAGCUCCACACUCAACCGCAGCUAACAAACGCUAGUGGAGGUGGUGGCGGAUCCGGAGGAGGAGGAGGUGGUGGCCCACAACGCGUCAGCAGCUAUCAGCCAAACGAAAAACUGCUGCGCCGCUACUCUGCUCGCAUCAACGUUGAGAAGUAUGAUCCCACCACGAAUAUGAGCGCCCAGGCGGCCAACAGGUUGGUGAAUUUCGAUCGGCGCGAUCGAACGCAAGUGCGCGACAAACACGAUCGGGCAACCGCCGAACAGGUGAUGGAUCCGCGCACCCGGAUGAUACUCUUCAAGCUGCUCAAUCGUGGCCUCAUACAGGAGAUCAACGGAUGCAUUUCGACCGGUAAGGAGGCCAACGUCUACCAUGCUGUGUCUAAAAACGGUGACGAGGAGUUCGCCAUCAAGAUCUACAAGACUUCGAUUCUGGUGUUCAAGGACCGCGACAAGUAUGUGUCCGGAGAGUUCCGCUUCCGGCACGGUUACUGCAAGCACAAUCCGCGCAAAAUGGUGCGCACCUGGGCGGAGAAGGAGAUGCGUAACUAUCUGCGGAUGCGCAACGCUGGAGUUCCAGUGCCGGAGCCAAUCCUGCUGCGUUCGCAUGUCCUGGUAAUGCGCUUUUGCGGUCGAGACGGCUGGCCCGCUCCCAAGCUGAAGGACGUUGAGCUGAGCACUUCAAAGGCGCGCGAGUUGUACAGGGAUUGUGUGGUCAUCAUGUGGCGCAUUUACAAUCAGUGCCGCUUGGUGCACGCCGAUCUCUCGGAGUUCAACAUCUUGCUGCAGGACGGCCAGCUGGUGAUUAUCGAUGUGAGCCAGUCGGUGGAGCACGAUCAUCCACAUUCAUUUGAUUUCCUGCGCAAGGACUGCACCAAUAUAUCUGAGUUCUUCCGCAAGCGAGCGGUGGCCACGAUGACUGUCAAGGAACUGUUUGACUUUAUUACCGACCAAACUAUUACCGUGGACAACAUGGAGGAGUGCCUGGAACGCAUCUCAGAACGGAUUAAGGACCGUGACUUUGAUGCCAUCUCGGCUCAGGAAAAAAUCGACGAGGCUGUGUGGCAAAACACAUACAUACCCAAGCGCUUGGAUGAGGUUCGUCACUUUGAGCGCGAUGUGGCAAAGGCUAAACAGGGUGUGCAGCAAAAUCUCAUCUACGGCAAGAUCACCGGGUUGACAUCGGAUCUGGAUGUGCAGCAGCAGCCUGAUGUCCUGGAACCUGCAUCUUCCAAACAAGAGGAGGGUAGUGAUGCAGAAACCAGCGGUAGCGAAGACGAGGACUCGCAGGAUAAGGAAAACGACGAUGAUGGCAGCCGCUUUAAGAAUUCAGCAAGACCGAGGGAGGAAUCUCCGGACAGCAAGAAGGCGCGGAAGAAGGCCGUAAAAGAUGCAAAGGCGGAGCAGCGCAAGGUGAAAGUGAAAAAGCACGUGAAAAAACGCAAGGAGAAAAUGGGCAGCAUGAAGAAGUAGAAUAUCUAUUUCUAAAUAGAGUUAUUAUUUCAGUGAGUUUUAGUUUUUAUAAUUUCACUUCUUUUUAACUUAAUUGCUUCGUAGAGAAAUUUUAAUAUGAACAUGUUGUUAUUUUUGUAACCCAAUAAUUCAAGUAACUUUUAACCAUUUGAAUUGCCGUAUAAAAACCGUAGUGCACUUUAGGUUAAGAUCAUUUUCCUGUAAAUAAACUAAUUUUCUGUGAAAUUAGUUAUUCUGUAAAGAAAAGAAUUAAAAUGCCAGCAAGGUACUUCUGUAAUCGCA